AUGUCACGGUUUGUCACACACCUGUUGAACCAACCCAACGUCAUUGUCAUGUCACGCCCAUCCGCCUCACCUCCCCUUGAAGUUAAGCCUUUUGAUCUCGAGGUUGAAACACUAGGAUUCGAGCCAGCUCAGGUGGAAGAGUUUGUGCGCAAAGUGGAGCCCACCAAUGCAGAGGCAAUCUUGUCGUUUCUUAGAGGUCUCCCUCUUAUUCGAGAUCUAGUGCGCAUACCUAUUCAGCUCGACGCACUUUGCUUUGGGUGGGAUGAAAUCUAUCAUUGCAAGAAUGAACCAGAAACAAUGACCGACCUAUAUCAAGCCAUUGAAAGAGGACUGUGGAAAAAGGACAGCCAUCGUUUGAAACUAGUACCUAGUGGAUUGACAACAGAUGAACAUCGAGCUAUCGUGUGGCAGCACAUUUUUACCAGCCAGAAAUGA